UGUGGUUUCACCGAGCGCCAUCGAAUCAUCUUCUGUUGAAGUUCUCAAAGCGAUGGCCCGCAAAGGAUCCGCGAUCGCGCCGCAGCGCCCUGCCGCCAAGAAGCCCGCUGCCAAGAAGCCCGAGCCGAAGAAGCCGGUGACGCCCAGCAGCGACGAGGAGGAGCCGACGGACGAAGGCAGCCAGGAAGAAAGCGAGGAUGGCGACGACGAGAACGAGGACGACGACGAUGAAGAUGAGGAGGAGGAUGAAGACGACGAUGGCUUCGAAGACCAAGGCUCCUCGUCCGACGACGACGAUGACGCCGAAGACGAUGAAGAUGAGUCGGAGGACGAACGCGAGACGCGCCGGAAGGUCGAGUCGCGCGAAGAAAUGCUCCAGCGCAUGCGUGAGGAUGGCUCGUUGAAGGUGGCGUCGCACCUGCACAUGGACGAUCUGUCGUCGGACGACGAGGAGGUGCACAACACGAUCGGCAACGUGCCGCUCCGCUGGUACGAGGACUACGACCACAUUGGUUACACGGUCGACGGCCAGAAGAUCAUCAAGCAGAACCAGGGCGAUGGCAUCGACAAUGCGAUCGCGGCCAAGGACGAUCCUAACUACGCCCGCACCAUCUACGACGCCUACAACGACCGCAAGGUCAUCAUCUCGGACCGCGAGAUGGAGAUCAUUCGCCGCAUCCAAGCUGGUGCGUUCGCGCACCCCGAGUUCCAGGAGCACCAGGACUACGUCGACUACUUUACGUCCGAGAAGAUGAUCCACUCGCUCGGCAACGACCAGGAGCCCAAGGCGCGCUUCCUCCCCUCCAAAUGGGAAAAGAUGAAGGUCGUCAAGAUCAUGAAGGGCAUCAAGGAAGGCCGCAUUAAGCUGGACCAGACGCCCGAGAAGAAGCCUGAGGCGUACGAAAUGUGGUUCGAAAACGACGAGGUGCCGGUGACCAAGGGCCCGGCUCACGUCCAGGCCCCCAAGAUGGUGCUGCCCGGCCACGCCGAGUCGUACAACCCGCCCGAGGAGUACCUCUUCACGGAAGAGGAGAAGCGUGCGUGGCUCGAGAUGGACCCGUCCGACCGCCAACUCAACUUCAUCCCGCAAAAGUUCAACAGCCUCCGCGAGGUCAGCGGCUACUCCAACUUUGUCCGCGAGCGCUUCGAGCGCUGCCUUGACCUGUAUCUGUGCCCGCGUGUCAACAAGCGCCGGCUCAACAUCGACCCCGAGUCGCUCGUGCCGCAGCUGCCCAAGCCUCGCGACCUCCGUCCGUUCCCCAACACGCUGGCGCUGGCGUUCAACGGCCACACGGGUCGCAUCCGCUCGAUCUCGAUGGACCCUGUCGGCCAGUACCUCGUCUCGGGCUCGGAAGACCACACGGUGCGUCUUUGGGAAGUCGAGACCGGUCGGUGCCUCCACACGUGGCGCAUUGGUGCUGUCGUCCACAAGGUCGAGUGGUGCCCGAACAAGGACCACCACGUGGUUGCGGUCGUCGCGGCCAAGAAGAUGCUCUUGAUUGCGACCGGCACGGGCAACGGUGACGAGACCGACAUCACGAACGCGCUCUUCGGCGACAUGGAGGGCACGAAAACGUUCGAGACGGUCGACAACGACGACGAGAACACGACGGUCGUCGACACGACCGAGGAGGACAUUGACGCGGCGGCCCGCAAGGCGCGCAUGCCCGUCAAGUGGACCUUCCACCCGAGCAGCGCGCGCCACGGCCGCGGUGUCCGCGUCGUCUUGCACCACGGCGGUCUCGUCACGGACGUGGCGUGGCACUACAAGGGCGACUACCUCUCGACGGUCGUGCCGUCGGCGGACUCGUCCUCGGUGCUCAUCCACCAAAUCUCCAAGCGGUCGUCGCAGAACCCGUUCACGAAGAAGCUCGGGUCGAUCCAAACGGUCGCCUUCCACCCGUCCAAGCCCUUCUUCUUCCUCGCGACGCAGACCCACGUCCGCGUCUACAACCUCGUGCAGCAGGCGAUGGUCAAGAAGCUCUCGAGUGGUGUCAAGUGGAUCUCGUCGCUGCAUGUGCACCCGACGGGCGACCACGUGCUCGUGGGCAGUUAUGAUCGCCGCCUCUGCUGGUUUGACUUGGACCUGUCGUCGACGCCGUACAAGACGCUCAAGUACCACGAGAAGGCGACGCGCGCCGUCGGCUUCCACAAGAAGUACCCGCUCAUGGCGUCGGCCUCGGACGACGGCACGAUCCACAUCUUCCACGCGAUGGUCUACUCGGACUUGAUCAAGAACCCGCUCAUCGUGCCGCUCAAGAUCCUGCGCGGCCACGAGGUCACGGGCGGCCUUGGCGUCAUGACGCUCGCCUUCCACCCGACGCUGCCCUGGAUCGCCAGUGGCGGCGCCGACAACACGAUCCGCCUCUACCAAAACAUCCACUAAGGUCGAGGGCAUCGGCGGCAGCACUAGAAGCUACAAAUAUAUAUUUCUCUCCUUCGUCGUCG